UAUUGGAUGUGUACAUCCCAGAAUUGUCCCGGAAGCUCUUCGUCACCUACUAUAGCCCGACAGGUAAAAUCGGCGCCCUGUCUCUCGAUGACGAUCGCGUAGGAAAUUACACAGAUUUCGCCCUGGAUAUAUAUUACUGCAAAGCCAUGGUUGCUGAUGAUGCCAACAACUAUCUGUACUGGACCAGAAAAAAUGGCAUCGAUCGUAAGCAACUUGAUGGAACAGGAGAAACCGAAGAGGUGUACACAAAUCUUGCCUUCGCAAGCUUCUCUGGACUCACAUUCGACGCAGAAGGAGGUCGCAUCCUGUUCUGCGAUGGCAGUGGGAGAGGCCGUGCCUUCUAUCAGGACGUAUCCACGACCAGCGGGGAAAUCGGUCCUGCUGUCGAGCUGACACCUGGUCAAUCGGGGAUCUCCUUAACAUUCAAUCCGAAGGAUGUUGCCAUCUUGAAUGGGAAAGUCUAUUGGCUUGACGUACCAGCAAAACUUGGAAUCAUGACCCAUUACGAUAAUGUAGAAACACUCAGCUACACUGAGUAUAAUAUUACAGCUUUCGAAAGUGUCCGUCGUUUGUGCAUCGCAUACGUAAACUAACAAUUUACAGCCAUAACCUAAUCGGUUGCUUUAAAAAAUUGAG